AUGGUGGAGUUGCCCUCGUCCUACUCGAUCGCGCACAUACCUCCCGACGACCAGCAGCUCGGGCGGCUUCAGGCGGUCCCUUGGCUUGGGGCCCACAUUCCCGCACGGCUUGUAGCCCGCCAUCGAGGUCAUGCGCAGCUUCCACAACUCAUUCGAUGUCGAAUUGUCCGCGUCCAGAUUCGCUCCGAGGUCAAGAUUAUGCGCAGCGACGCAACUACGAGCACCCUCGUGUUGUUUAUCGUGAAGCGGGACGACAUGACGUUCAAGCACGUGCUCGUGUGCCUAGCCAUGUUCUCAGGCUCGACCGGCGGUUUCCAGGCAGGCGUAGGCGCAAACUUCCUACUUUCUACGCUACCACAAGGUGAUGGCUACUUGUGGAAUUUCAACGCUAGUCUACGUGCUAGCCUUGACGUCGGCAGUGUUGAAGGCGCCGAGCAUAAGAGUAUUUGGACGACGGCAUGA